AGGAACAUCCAAGAGGAAAUGCUUUAAUCUACUCUGUUUAAAAGAAAAGAGCAUCCGUUUGGCUCGUUCUGGCAAUUUUUAAGUUCCAAAGGCUUGUUGAAGAAAUGAAGCUUUAAAAAGGAAUUUAUCAAAUAAAAAAAUGGGUGCAAACAGUAGCAGCAUCUGUGAGCUUCCACAAAACGAGUACUUAAAAAGAUUAUCGGGAGCAGAAGCUGUCUCUGAGAAUGACCCAUUCUGGAAUCAGCUCCUUUCUUUUAGUUUUACUGCCCCAACAAACAGUGCUGAAUUAAAGCAGUUGGAAGAGGUCACCAUCUCAAUCUGCAAAUCUUUAGUUGAGAACAAUCCUCGAACAGGAAAUCUUGGGGCACUGAUUAAAGUCUUCCUUUCUAGAACCAAAGAGUUAAAAAUUUCAGCAGAGUGUCAAAACCAUCUUUUUAUUUGGCAGGCCCAUAAUGCAUUGUUCAUUAUUUGCUGUUUGCUAAAAGUGUUCAUAUGUCAGAUGUCAGAAGAGGAACUGCAACUUCAUUUUACUUAUGAGGAGAGAAUACCAGGCUCAUAUGGAGUGGAAUGUGAAGAUCUUAUAGAAGAGCUGCUGUGUUGCCUCAUUCAGCUCAUUGUUGAAAUCCCCCUUUUAGAUAUAACGUAUAGCAUUUCCCUGGAAGCUGUGACAACACUUGUUGUCUUUCUUUCCUGCCAACUAUUUCACAAGGAAAUUCUGCGAGAGAGUGUCAUUCAUAAAUACCUGAUGCAUGGCCGAUGUCUCCCAUACACCAGCAGACUUGUAAAAACAUUAUUAUAUAACUUCAUUAGACAAGAGAGAAGCCCUCCCCCAGGUUCCCAUGUCUUCCAGCAACAGACAGAUGGAGGAGGAUUGCUUUAUGGCUUUGCAUCAGGGGUUGCAACUGGCCUAUGGACAGUGUUCACAUUGGGUGGAGUAGGAAGUAAACCAGUACCACAGGAGGAACAGUCAUCACCUUUAGCUAAUCAGAGCCUUCUGCUUCUGCUUGUGCUGGCUAAUUUGACUGAUGCUCCAGACACUCCAAACCCAUACAGACAAGCUAUUAUGUCUUUCAAGAACACACAAGAUAGCACUGCUUUUCCUUCACCGAGUCCACAUGCUUUCCAGAUUAAUUUUAACAGUUUGUACACAGCUUUGUGUGACCAGCAGAAAUCUGAUCAAGCAACUCUCCUUUUAUACAUAUUACUGCAUCAGAACAGCAAUGUUCGGACAUAUAUGUUGGCACGAACUGACAUGGAAAAUCUUGUUUUGCCAAUUCUUGAGAUUCUCUAUCAUGUUGAAGAAAGAAAUUCACACCAUGUUUAUAUGGCCCUUAUAAUUCUGUUGAUCCUUACAGAGGAUGAUAGCUUCAAUCGAUCUAUCCAUGAAGUGAUAUUGAAAAAUAUCACUUGGUAUUCAGAGCGUGUUCUAACUGAAAUUUCACUGGGGAGUCUUUUGAUAUUGGUCGUGAUAAGAACCAUUCAGUACAACAUGACAAGGACAAGGGACAAAUACCUUCAUACAAAUUGUCUGGCAGCCUUAGCAAAUAUGUCAGCACAGUUCCGCUCACUUCAUCAGUAUGCUGCUCAGAGAAUCAUCAGUUAUACCUGCCGCCACUUGCGGAGAUAUGUAUAUGUCUUGGACAAACUGUAUUUCCCUCACUCUCACUGUUCCACGCUGCAGCAUUGCUUCUCGACCCUCAGUGACAAUGGAGAGGAACUCUUGUCUUUAACUUGUUCUCACAUUCUCAGAUCCUAUGCUUCCAGUUUGUUUUCUUUGCUGUCUAAAAAACACAACAAAGUUUUGGAGCAAGCCACACAAACCUUGAGAGGUUCCCUCAGUCCAGAUGACUCUCCACUUCCUGAUUACGCACAAGACCUGAAUGUGAUUGAAGAAGUGAUCAGAAUGAUGUUAGAGAUUAUCAAUUCCUGCUUGAGCAAUUCUCUCCACCACAAUCCUAAUUUGGUGUAUGCGCUGCUUUACAAGCGGGAUCUGUUUGAACAGUUUCGAACUCACCCCUCCUUCCAGGACAUAAUGCAAAAUAUAGACCUGGUGAUCAGCUUUUUCAGCUCACGCUUAGAGCAAGCCGGAGCCCAGCUGUCAGUGGAAAGGGUUCUGGAAAUCAUCAAACAAGGAGCUGUCGCAUUGCCCAAAGACAGGUUAAGAAAAUUCCCGGAGCUGAAGUUUAAGUAUGUAGAGGAGGAGCAGCCAGAAGACUUCUUCAUCCCUUAUGUCUGGUCCCUGGUAUACAAUUCUGCUGUGGCCCUGUAUUGGAACCCACAGGACAUCCAGCUGUUCACUAUGGACUCUGGCUGAGGGAGAAGCAGCCGAGCCAGCUGUACUCUGAUUACAGGCAAAGAAACUCAAAACUGCGUGUGAAUGUGACCCCUUCCCAGAAUGCAUCCUCUAAACCUGAAGCUUAGUGAGAAUAAAGCUUGCUACUAUUGUGUAGUGCGACUUUGACAUUUUGGUACCAAACUGCAGCAGACACACUGGAAGCAGAUUGUGGUGUGGGAGAGAAACUGGCAAACUUUUAUUUCUAAUUCAUAUAACCUAGAGCUUAUCCAAUGAAAAUGGGGCCUUAGACCUGCAGCAUGAUAUCACCACCACCAAGAAAUCUGAUAGCUUUUUUAACUAAAAUGGGGAAAUGAGGAGAGAGUGUUAGCUGAUCUGGAAGUGGCAUUUAUAUCUUUAUUACCUUUAAGUGAUGCAUCUUCUUUGGGUCAGGGUCUUUGAACACAAACAUUUUCUACAAUGGACUAUUUCACCAGUAUCAUGCCUCCUCUCAUGGCAACUUAUUUUGGUGACAUUGCAAAGUCUACAGUCUCUAAAAUAUCUUUAUUAAUGUAAUCAGCGUAUACUAGGCUACAUAUUAAUCAAAUGAUGUUUCUAGACAGAGAGGAGGAUACUGUGGUAUAUAUGAGAGGUUUUUCAACUGCGAGACUUUGGUUUUGAAGAGCUAUCACAACACUUUUGAUUCUUAAUACUCUUUAUGGGGCUUGAGACACUAGCUUCCAGAGGAGAGGCCCUCUCAGACUCACAUUUCGGUACUUCUGAACAAAAGCUUUUCCUAGAAAUUGACCACAUAAACAAAUCUCCAAAGAAAAGUAGAGCUAUGCCACAUAAGUUUGUGCACUUUCAGCAGUGUCUGAUGGGAGUCCCUGGUGAAGCCAUAUGUUAAAAAUCCCCUUUUUGCUGCAAAAGGGAUUAUAGCAGAGAUAUAGAUUAACAGAAUGUGGAACACUUCAAAAUGGAUGUUUUAAAAUAUUCUUUCCUGAUGUAUCUAGCUUAAUGAAAAUAAUUAAGAUACUCACUCUGCAGAUAGAAAAACAAAAGAAAUUGGUUGACAUUAUUUUAAGUGUCUCUUUCCUCCACUGCAUAUAAAGGAUUUGUUUGUGUCUUGGACAAGCUCCUGACAGUGUUCACUUCCACAUGCUCACAGAAACUCCUGCUAUACCUUAUGCUGCUUUCUGGAAGUCGAUGUCACUAAGUCAGGUGUUCUGCAUGCCAAAAUAUAAAGGAGCUGUUCUUACACAUAUAUGGUAAAUCCCUCAAUUCACUGCCUGACCCAGCAUGUUCUGUUUUCAGACUCAGAGGACAGUGCACAUUUGCUUUCGCACACAAUCUUCUGAGUGGCUUUAAACAGAGUUUCCUGUGUUCAUUUUUCUUUUGCUGAAGAAUUUAGACAUGUACUUUGUUUUUACCUGUCUGUUUGGAAGCAAAGUCCUUUUGGACAAGUGGAACUGCUGGAUUUUUUUUUAAACUCCUUUCCCUAUUUACUUAAAACUAUAAGUAUGAAGAGCCAUGCAUAGCAUAGGCCUUCCCAGUGCUUUCAAGCAAAGGUUGCUUUUGGGAGGAGGCAACAUGAAGAGAAGAGCUGCAACUCUUUUGAGUGUAAAAUAUGGGAAACAAUUGAACUGUGACUGAAGACAGGGGUAUGUUUGUGCUACGUUUGGGGUUGGUUUGCUUUUUUUAAACCUCUGAACAAAAGUCAAAGGGGAAUGAAUGGCUUUUGUGUUGGUUAUAGUGAUUUGUAAUUUUAUCUUUAAAUAAAGGACUAGAGUGUUUGUGAGCCAGGAAAACUGCACAGUCCUUAGCAUGGUCAUUCUAAAAGUGCACCUUUAAACUGCGGAUUCUGAGACGAACUGUGCUUCAGUUCUUCAUCUGACUUAACCACACUGAGAGUCUGAUCCUCCCACAUAAAGACCAUCUUCCAUCCCUAUUGACUUCAGUGAUAACUGGGGACACCCAGGACCUCCAGGCUGGUGUAUCAUCUUUGAGAGAAUCUGAUUUUCUUUAAAAGAACUGCACGUAAGUACAGGGGCAUACAGCAGCAAUGUGAUAUACACAGGUCAAACAAGACACUGAAUCAGUGAAGGGGAGUGGCAUGUAGUAAUUUCAAUUUGUCGUCUUAACAAUGUUGCACUAACGUAAAAGAGAAGCAUGCUUGUUUCAAUGGAAUACUUUUCUUGUGCAGUUAAUUAAAAUGCAGUGCAUAUGGGCCCCAGCAGGAUUGUAAUGGCAGGAGCCAGAAUCCAAAGCUGAAGCAGUAGAGUAAGCCAAAGUUUAUUCUGAAAUCCAUCCUAUUAUGAUUGGUUCUUUCAAGUUUCAAGCAUUGUACAGGUAUAGAAAUGUCUUGGAGUCUGCAGUCUGAUGUGUUCACAAAUACUCUAUUUUCCUUCAAAUCUGUAAGUACCUUUUGAGGGAUCCUUUUCAUUAUUUUUGUGUGAAAGAUUUAUUAUGUAGUAAUAAAAAAAACCCUAAACAGA